CUACCGCACACUUUCCGUCGGCCCUAGGAUAAGCGGUGCAGUCGUGACCAAUGCUGGCUGGUUUAAGUCUGACUCUCCGAGCAUGACGGCUAUUAUCACUGCACCCAAGCCUGAAGAAUCCCACGUGGUCAGAGUUAACAAGUUGAAUAGCGCCGGCUCUGUCCCUAUUUCAGGGACAGGAAAUCCGCCCUGUGCUCUGCUGUGCUGUCCCUAGGAGUUUCUUCAACGCACAAGAUGACCGUUCUUGCUCGAUUUCUGACUGUUUUGUCGGUACUGGCGCCUCUGAGCCAGGCCUAUCCUGCUCUUCAAACACGCGACAUCUCUCUCAAUCAGCUCAGCGAUUUCACAUUCUGGGUGCAGUACGCCAACGCGGCCUACUGCGCCAACAACUAUGAUCCCAAUUCAGCCGGAACGAAGGUUGGCUGUCUGGACAGCGGAUGUCCGGAGGUAGAAGCCACCAACACCACUAUCGCUUUUGCUUUCUCAGGCACCACCCUCACCGACACGGCUGGCUUCGUCGCAAUCGACCACACGAACAAGCACGUGGUACUUUCUUUCCGUGGCUCAUUUUCCAUCCGCAACUGGAUCACCGACGCAAUCGUUUUCUUCACGGACCCGGAACUCUGCACCGGCUGUCGGGCGGAGCUCGGCUUCUGGAGCGCCUGGACAGGGGUGCGCGACGGGGUGAUCCAGCAACUCCAAGACCUGGAGGCGGAGUAUAGCCACUAUGACCUCGUCUUAGUCGGACACAGCCUGGGCGCCGCCAUUGCGACUCUUGCGGGUGCGGACCUCCGCUCCAGAGGCCACAAGCUGACGGUGUACGCAUACGGAUCGCCGCGGGUGGGCAACGAGGAGCUGGCGCAGUUCAUCACCGACCAGGGGAAUAACUACCGGUUCACGCACACGAGUGACCCCGUCCCGAAGUUGCCGUUGCUGAUCAUGAACUACGUCCAUAUCAGCCCCGAGUACCAUAUCUCCGCGGGGAACAACGUCACCGUCCGGCCACAGGAUGUGGAGGUGUACCAGGGCCAUGUCAAUUUUGCUGGCAACACGGGGACUGGCCUGCCUUUGCUGACGGAUUUCCCAGACCAUUCAUGGUAUUUCCGGCGGGCGGAUGGUUGCAAGGGAGAAGGUCUUCCGUUUUGAGGGCGCGAUGAAUAUAGACUUUUCUCUUUUCGGACCUGAUACCAGGACUUGUUGUAAUAGUUAUAUACUCCGUCCUUUAGUCACUCCUGCUAGUUCAUGAUUGCAGUCACGCUAGUAUGCGGACUCAGAUA